CGAAUUCUAGAACAACCUUAACAAUCGAAGUGUUACCAAGAUAAUUCACCCACUUUACCUACGAAAAUAUACCAUGUAAUACAAUGACGACCCGCAAACACAACGAAUUCUUGGACAUCGGAACCAGCGACGACGAAGACAACGAUGCCGGAUAUGACUCCGAAGCCGCUGAAGAGAGUAAAGGUCGGACUGUGAAGCGAAGAAAGACACAAUCUCGAGAAGAUGGCAUAGAAAGCGCCUCCGAGGACGAGAGCUCAGGCGGAUCAGAGGGAGAAGAAAGCGAUACAGAAGCGGGAGGUGUACGCCUACGUGAAAAGAAGCGCGGACAGCGUGAUGAAUAUGAGAAUGACUCAGACGAUGAUGGCAAUUACAUGAACCAAGAAUCCCAGUACCUUGACGUGACCGCCGAAGUGGAAAAAGCGAAGGCCAAGAAGAACCAGAAGCCGCUCGACAAGCUAAAAAAUAAGCCGCCGAAGAAGAACAAAACGGGCGUCGUGUACUUUUCAUCAUUACCGCCGUAUUUGAAGCCAUUUGCGCUCAAAUCGCUUCUUGAAACCCGUGGGUUCAAGCCUAUCACGAAGGUUUUCCUGACGCCGGCGGUGCGACCCCCUUCUGCGCCGAGGCGGCGGUCGAAUAAACGGAAGACAUAUACCGAUGGCUGGGUUGAAUUUGCAUCGAAGAAGACGGCGAAGAUUUGCGCAGAGACGCUGAAUGCAACGAUCGUGGGUGGAAAGAAAGGUGGAUGGUAUCAUGAUGAUGUAUGGAACAUGAAAUAUCUCAAAGGGUUUAAGUGGGCCGAUCUCAUGGAGACUCAAGAGAGAGAAAGAUCGGAACGGGAAGCGAAGCGUCGGAUUGAAGAUGCAAGAGCGAGGAAAGAGGAGAAGGUGUUCCUGCAAGGGUACGAGAAGGGGAAGAUGCUGGAGGGUAUUCAGAAGAAGAACGAGGAGAAGCGGCGUAAAAAGAUGGCCGAUAAGGAUGGGCAUGGAGAUCAAGGAAAAGAGCAGGCAAUCAACGCGAGGAGACUAUUCAAGCAAAAUGAGGUCAAGCUCGGGCGGGAUAAGACGUCUGCUGACCAGACUACUGUGGAGGAGGAUACCAGGAGGGUUUUGGGGAAGAUUUUCUGAUGCGUUGUCUCGUUUGUAUAGUAUUCCUAGCGGAUACCUGAUGAUUGCAUCCUUCUUCAAUCCAAAACCGCUCAGAAACCGUGCAUAGCAUAUUUGAUCAUACGUAAUAUGUGCAUAUUCUAUCAAAAAAUUAGAAAUAACAGA